AUGGGUGUGUCUGUCAACACUGCACCCGCACCUGCCACUGUGCCAACAACCUCAGCAUCCCAAUGCUUCUUGCCCUCCCUCCCACCGGAACUCCGCAGCAAUAUCUACGCCUUCCUACUCCUUGAUCUCCAAGCCUCCUUCUCGGAUGCGGCCGUCGAAGCGACCCAUACUGGAUACCUAGGCGUCAGAACUGACCUCAUAAAUGGAGGGCAUAUCUUCAUAGGAGGUCUUGCCUCUCAACCCGCACCUUCACCCACAUCGCCUCAGCACCUCUCUGCCCGUCCAUCGAUCCUCCAAACCCACCCCUUGAUCCGCCACGAAUUCUCCCCCCUCUACCGCGCAGCCCUAGCAGGUCCCGUCUGGCACGACUUCCAAUCUCUCCUCGAACGCAAGGCCGAGCGAUACCUCGAGCUUCAUGCCAGCGGCUACCAUGAACCCAGGGCACGCGAUGAGCUGUGCUGCCUCGCAGAAUUUCGGGAGCGGUUGGCGAGCUGGAUUGUGCGUGAGCUGGCGACUGUAGGGCUGGAGCAGCUCAGUCUUGGUGAGAGGGUUUGUUGUGGGGCGUUGGGGAGGAUGUGGAAGCGAAAGUUGGUGGAGGGCAAGGAAGGGGGGGAUAAGGGUGAGGAGGUGAGGAGGAUGGUCGAGGGGAUGAGGGUGAGGGUGAGGUCUGUGGAGAGGAUGGUUGGGGCUUAUGCUUUUGGUAAGGGGUGA